CCCCUCCUCCUUCUGUCACACGCUCAGGGACGAGGCGCAUGGGCCCGCAUUAAGGCGGGGGUGGGGAACCGGCAUUCCGCCCGCCAUGGCUUCAUCUCCCGCCGCCUCCUCUUCCUCCCUCCCUCCGGCAGUGACGUAUGGCUGGUGUCACCGCAGCCGGAAUCUGCGUCAUUAGCAGUAAACAAGUCCGUCGGGCCCCCGCGGCUGCCGCGCUUCCAUCUUUGAGGAGCCGGAGAAGGCGCCGCGGACCAUGGGGAGCGUUCUGGGCCUCUGCUCCGUGGCGAGCUGGAUCCCAUGCUUGUGUGGAAGUGCCCCCUGCCUACUCUGCCGAUGCUGCCCCAGUGGAAACAACUCUACCAUAACUCGCCUGAUUUAUGCAUUCUUUUUACUUCUUGGCGUGAGCGUUGCCUGUGUAAUGUUAAUACCAGGCAUGGAAGAGCAGCUGAAGAAGAUUCCUGGAUUUUGUGAUGGAGGAAUGGGAACAAGUAUUCCUGGUGUGCAUGGCCAUGUAAAUUGUGAUGUACUAGUUGGUUACAAAGCUGUGUACCGUGUGUGCUUUGGUAUGGCCAUGUUCUUCCUUCUCUUCUCCUUACUGAUGAUCAAAGUGAAGAGCAGCAAUGACCCAAGAGCAGCAGUGCACAAUGGAUUCUGGUUCUUUAAAUUUGCAACAGCAGUUGCAAUUAGUGUUGGAGCAUUCUUCAUACCAGAGGGACCCUUUACAACUGUGUGGUUUUAUGUAGGGAUGGCUGGCGCAUUCUGCUUUAUUCUUAUUCAGCUGGUCCUGCUUAUUGAUUUUGCCCACUCCUGGAAUGAAUCUUGGGUUGAGAAAAUGGAGGAAGGAAACUCAAGAUGCUGGUAUGCAGCUCUGCUGUCUGCUACAGCUGUCAAUUAUCUGCUGUCUCUGGUAGCCAUUGUCUUGUUUUAUGUGUAUUACACACAUCCAGAAGGCUGUUCUGAAAACAAGACAUUUAUCAGUGUUAAUAUGCUGCUGUGUAUUGGUGCUUCUAUAAUGUCAAUUCUGCCAAGGAUUCAGGAGUCCCAGCCAAGAUCUGGUUUGCUGCAGUCUUCUGUGAUCACCAUUUAUACAAUGUAUUUGACUUGGUCAGCUAUGACCAAUGAACCAGAUAGGCGCUGUAAUCCAAGUUUGCUGAGCAUCAUUGGUUACAACAACACCAUCAUUCCGACCCAAGGUCAGGUAGUUCAGUGGUGGGAUGCACAAGGAAUUGUAGGACUGGUUUUGUUUUUGCUGUGUGUUCUCUAUUCAAGCAUCCGAACAUCCAACAACAGCCAAGUUAACAAACUGAUGCUGACCAGUGAUGAAUCAACACUGAUAGAGGAUGGAAUGCCAAGGAGUGAUGGCUCACUUGAUGAUGGAGAUGAUGUUCACCGAGCCAUAGAUAACGAGAGGGAUGGAGUUACUUACAGUUACUCCUUCUUUCAUUUCAUGCUUUUCCUGGCAUCACUGUAUAUCAUGAUGACGCUUACCAACUGGUACAGUCCGGAUUCUUCUUAUGAGACAAUGACCAGCAAGUGGCCAUCUGUCUGGGUGAAGAUAUCGUCCAGCUGGAUCGGCAUCGUGCUGUACGUGUGGACUCUGGUUGCUCCGCUGGUUCUUACAAACCGUGACUUUGACUAAGCUGUGAGAGCAGUCUCUUGGGAGAUCAUGUUAAGCUUCAUCAUGUCUUUGAAACAAAACGAUAUUACAGAUAAUAGUGCAGUUGUAAAUAUGUGCCUGUGUGUGUGCUAUCCAUGUAGUAUACUCUGCUUUAUUCUGCAUGAUUACCUUCAAUCACAUCUUCUGUCAUUUCACUAAAUGACUUUUUCUAGCUGAGCUCAGUGACAGUUGUUAUAAUGAGAUGCUUUUCAUAGGAUUUCUCCUAGAUUGAGUGCUUUGGGAGCAUUAGAUGUAAGACCAAGAGCUUUUGAAAGUAGUGUUUUUCCCUCAUUUGCAUUAAAUAAUUGUAGGAAAAAAAAGUGCAAGUGUUAAUUAGGGUAACAAAACAGUAUUAGAUCAGUCCUUGCAAGCAAAGGAGGGGCAGCCUUUCAUAAUCCCUGUUGCCUUGAUUCCAAAGUCAGUCUUGAGGAAGCAUCGUUAGACUCAGUUGUUGGAGGUUACUGGACAUCUUGCAGCAUUUUGACGUUACCAGGCUGACCUCUUCCCAUCCCUUCAGCGAUACCUUCAGAACAGGUGUCAAAUGAGGACACUUCCACCCAGAGCUGCAGAGGAGAUGAUGCCCUUCUUGGUGUACUUGGGUCCCAUGUGUCCCUUUGCAGACAGGACAAGACUCCCUAGGGAAAGACAUCCUGGUGUCAGAUGCCCAGAAGCAUGUUUUUAAGGCACCUGUUUACAGUGUGCACCUAUGUAUUAUUAUUUUUUAAAAAGUAGUUUAAAUGGGAUAGUUGUGCUGUAAUUUAUUGCUGUUUUGUGUGCCACUUUCUUUCUUGGCUAAGCUACAAUCACAGAGUUUGCAAGGAGCAAAGUGGUGUAAAGUAUGUAAAACCUUCUGUGGAAAUUUUUUAGUAUUGGGGUUAAAAAAGCAAUGGAGGAAAAGGAGCACAAAAUGAUGGUAAUUAAAAGGAGGCUUGCAUUAACUGAGGCGUCAACUGAAGUGCUUCUAGUGGAUUUGGGGCUCUAAAUUUUGAAGUCUUUUAGUUUGGGUAUUUUGUUUGUCCAUUGCUAGAGAUGGACUCAACUUGAGCCUAGGAAGUCUAAAUCUAGGCAUGAGGCAAGACAUAAAUCUGUUUGAUUGAAGUACUUUAUAGCUCCUGGGCAGGUAUGAAACCUUAAAUGCUUUUGUGCUUGCUGCCCUGUAACUGAAGUACAUAAGCUGCAUUAUUUAUAUCUCUGCUGCUUGCUGCACCUUGAACUAGAGCAGCCUGACCAGGAGUGACUGUAGAACCUUCAGCACAUGUUAUGCUGAUUUGUUACUGUGGUGUUAAUGCUGUUCCUUCCUGUUGUGAAUUACUCUCUAAGCUUUUUAUUUGAAAUCUGCACCUAAACACUGACAUUUACUGCAAAAGUCUGAUGUGUCAGUCAAAACUUAAGAUGGUAAUGGAAGGACUAGUAAAAGCUUGUAAUUAUUUGGAAUGUUAUUACCUUAUUAAUAAAUAAAUUUGGAUGAAGA